AUGCUGUCACAAAGAGGACUCAAGAGUGCAACGAGUCAGGAUAUUCCUUGGCGAUUUGCACCUGGUGGUAACAAUCGCUAUGACUCUGUCACAAAUCCUUCGGGAGUAAUAUCAUUUGCAACAGCAGAAAACGUCUCGAUCCCGAGGGAAGCUUUCCUGUAUCGUUUCAGUACAAUGGGCGGACCUCGUUUCCCUAUUGCAAUGGCACGGCAUCUAAACGAAUACUUCCACCCAUUCAACCCUAUAAAACCCGAGCAAAUAAUCACCGCCUCCGGGUUGACUGCGAUCCAUGAGCUUGUUGCUUGUAGUAUCGGGAAUCCCGGGGACGGGAUACUGGUCAGUCGACCCGUUUACGGGCGGUUCGAGCUCGACUUCGGAAAUACCGCGGAUCUGAACAUUGUGUACGCCGAUAUGGACGGUGUAGAUCCGUUUGGAACAGAUGCGGUGCCCAAGUAUCAAAUUGCUUUAGAAAACGCGCUGAAAGACAAAGGAAUCAAGGUUAAAGCGCUACUGAUUGUGAAUCCGCAUAAUCCUCUUGGCCGCUGUUUCCCCCCUUCAUCACUACGUGAACUCAUGGGUUUCUGUCAAAGAAACUCGAUUCAUAUGAUAAGCGAUGAGGUGUACGGAUUAUCAGUUUACGGAGAAACAAACUCAAAUGACGAACGCUCCAUCGGCUUUUCGUCUGUUUUGUCAAUUGAUAGUACCGGAUUGAUUGAUCCAGAUCGAUUACAUGUGUUUUACGGAAUGAGUAAGGAUUUUGGCGCUGCCGGUCUUCGUCUUGGUUGCUUGAUCACACAGAGCACACUUUUGAGAAAAGCAGUUUCCUGUAACAUGCGAUUUCACAACCCAUCUGGCAUGUCAAUCGCAAUUGCUACAGCAAUUCUAGAAGAUCGGGAGUUUGUAAAGUCCUUCAUCAAUAUUUCCCGACAACUGUUGAAUGAAGCUCGACAGUGCACUUCACAGAUUCUAGACCGGGCUGGAAUAAAAUACCAUAGUGGAAGUAAUGCCGGCUUCUUCCUGUACAUUGACCUCAGUCCCUGGCUUGUAGACACGAGUGGUGAUUCUCAAGAUGAAAACGACGCCGAAUAUGCAUUGGCACAGAAGAUGCUAGAUGCAGGCGUUGGUAUUCAUCCAUGUGAGGAACAUGGCGAAUCCAAGGGCCACUUUAGGCUUGUAUUCAGUCAACAGAGGGAUAUUUUGGAGGAGGGACUCAGUCGGUGA